AUGGUGGCAGGCCUUCGCAAUCACAUGCCCCAGGUCAUCGCAGCCGCAGUGAUGAUCGCGGUGAUCGCCGCUCUGCUGUUCGGGCGGGUGCUGCAACUGCCGAUGAAGCGGUCUAUACCGAAUGGACACCCAACACAUUUCCUACGCAGGGGCGCGGAGCCGAUUCUGUUCAUCAUCGCGACCCAUGGCAACGCGGAGGCCACUACGAGGACUCGCGCUGGGCAGGAGUUAUCCGCCUCCAGGAGGAGCAAGCCAGAGGUCGGGGUGCGGCCACCCAUGCUGGAGCUCCUGCGGCCUUCCAAGCAGGUGCAACAGCGCCAGGUGCUACCAGCCACCCAGCAGGGCUCGGACCAGCACCUCCAGUACCUCCCCAGCUCCCACAUGAUGCCCUUCUGCGCCAUGGCGAACAUCCAGCAUGGCAUUGCCACCGCGGUCCAGACACAUCUGGCGCCCACAGUGGCCAUGAUCUCCACGGUCGAGGCAGACAUGCGCGGGGCCCAGGGUCGCACGAGCGCCUUGGAAGCGGAGCAGGAGAACCUCCGCCACGAGGUCCACCGCAUGCAACAAUCGCUGGCCAUGGCAGAGUCGGCGGCAUCGUCGGAAGGCAUCUACGUUGCCAGGCUCGCCACUUGGGAUCGCGAGACCAACCUGCGCCUCGUCAGCAUCAUCACCGAGACGGAGGUCACCAAGAAGGAUCUUCUCGAAGGCUCAGCGGAGUGGCUCGAUCAUGCGAAGGUCAAGAGGGAACACAUCGAGAUCAUUGGCCCCAGUGCACCUGGCAAAAGGUUCGCAGUGAAUUGUCCUGGUGGUGAAGCUGGCACCACCCGCGCCCAGGCAUUGGUUCGUGCACAGCGAGAUCCAACGGGCAAAUGGCGCAAGUUCAGCGCGACUGGGGUCGACGGCUACGGGACCAACAUAUACAUUGGACCCGAUCGCAAUCCAAAGCAGAUGCAUCGUGUAGUUCAAACCAACAAGCUGCAGCAACUACUACAACGUGCCUUGCCCAAUGCAGAAUGGUGGUCUGAACGUCAGCUCGUCUGGGUGCACUGCGGCGACCUGCCCCUCGUGGAGGUUAUCCCUGGGGCUGCGCCUAACGAUCCGUCCAAGCUGGCGUGGAGCCCCGCGGCGAACGCGCAGUACAACGUCGACAAGGAGCAGAUCAGCCGGGCGUUCCACCAGCUCUUCAGGGAGGUGGACACGUCCACAUGGCGCAUGAAGCUGGCGCGCGCUGUCGAGCAGUUGAAGCGGGGCGCUACGGUUUGUUUGCAAGAGGUUCACGGCACUCAUGAGACGCUCAAGAAUCGCCUGCGACAGUACCCCAUCGAGGUCAUUAUCUACACCACUAUGGGCGACACUCCUGGCAUGGGAGGUGCUGCCAUCCUGGUCCCGCGGCACUCAGAGAACACUCUCAGCAAGAUGCCGCAGCACUCCUGGCCGCAGAUUGCUUCGCGGAGACUGGCCAAGGCGCGGGCUCUAUCUGUGGCUAUAUCCAACCCAGUCAGCGGCGUGGAGGCCAGGGCCAUCAACGUGCACAACCAUGAGUUAAAGUCAGAGGAACGCGCGGCACUGAAGUCUGCCUGGCAGGACAACGCCAACUGGGCACGAGAGGAUGGGGCUUACAGAAUAGCGGUGGCGAUCGGCGGCUUCAAUGUGUCCGACAACCCGAACGACGCGUUGCUGUUUCCUGAGCCUCGGCAG